UCAUCGUGCCAUGGUCAAAUUGGAGUUUCAGAUGAACUAAAUAAGUACUUUGGGUUUUCAUGAUAGUAUGCCAGUAUGUACAAGGUCAUGUGAGCCUUUUGGAUUGUGAUCACCCUGUCUUUUAGACAAAUAUUAUAUUACUCAAUGUUUGUUCUUAAUAUCCUCUGGUGAUGCUAUCUUUUUGUUUGCGUGUGUUCUUGAUGCUUGAUUGAGUGCUGAUUCGGUUUUGACGUUUCGUUCGUCUCAUUUUCCUGGUACUUCUAUCAAUCUCAGCUGUUGAUGUGCAAACAUGCAGUGAUAUUCCAGGAAUGCACAAUUGAAGAUGGGAUGUCUUGUAAGAUUCACCCUUCAAAGGCAUGGACAUUCAUGACCUUGUGCUCCUUGCUUAGUCUCUGUGCUAAUUUAGAAUCAUUCAGAUUCCCAAAAGGUACAACAGGUAUAUCUUACAAGCCUUUGUGUCUUAUCUGAAUGCUGAUCACUCAAUCAUCUUCUCGGUUGAACAGUGUGUACAUCAUGUUAGUGUAAAUGCAUUCUUGUGAAUGCUAAAUUUUCUCCUUAUAUUUGCGGUCAAGUUCCUUGUAUCUUGCAUUGUUUACUGUUGUAAAUUGUUAACGCCUGUAAGUAAUAAAUGUUGUCUCAUAACCAGGCUAUGACCUUCCAUGGAAAUAACUGAACCUGCAGGUGUUAACAAUUCGUGAAAAAUUGUUAUGGCACGAAUUCUCUUGUACACACUAACUAGUGUUGAGUGAAGCAGUCAUUUCAAGCCACGAUAGGUCAACUGAAUGGUCUGUUAAAGGCUUAGACUUUAAGUUUAGAACAACCAGAAGCCAUCACGUUUCAGUUACUCAACAAACAGAAAUACAGAAUACAUUGUCCAAUUCAUGUGCUACUAAUCACCAGACUGCUGAUAGUUUAUUGACUUAAUUUCACUUGUGAUGGUUUAAACGCAAAUCGAUUUAAAGUUCAUUUAAAAUAUGGUGAACUUUGCUCAUAUUUGUUGAAGAUGACAUUUCAUCAGUAGCAGGUGGUUGUAUAGUCUGACUGAUACACUAAGUUUGCAAAUCAUGACAGGGCAUAACUUAUGCAAUUUGUUACUCAAGUCUCUAUGCAUUGUUUCUUUGGUCUUGAAGUAGUGGUGUCAAUAUAACAUGUUCCAUCUUUCUUGAGUUACAUAUACGUUUGACUAGAUCUAAGCUUUUCUUCAAAGCAAUGUAGAAUUUCUGUAUACCAACUUGGUAAGCUAUUAAGCUUAAUGAUCAAAUAGCUCUGAUUUAUCCUGGCUCUAUCUUUUUACUUGAUUGAUAGUUUGCUUCUGCGAGAUGAGCACAAUCAGCAUGAACUUCAAUAACUUUUGCUCCAUUUUAUAUUUGGAAAAAGAAAAUGCAUUUUCGUCAAUGCAUUCGUGUUUCAAUAUAUUUUGCUGAUAUAUUGUUGUUUGGUUGGGAGUUGAUAAUCCAAUAGACAUAUGUUCUUAGCAUUCAUAAUCAGAAGGAUCCCUACUAGAAAAAAGUAGCUGCUGUCAUAUUGAAUAAAUUAAUUCCUUUAAACUAGUAAAGGAGAUAGAAGUUUCCUUUUUUAUUUCUUCUCCCUUUGCGUGCAUAUUUUUCAGAAAAAUAUAACGAAUGGAUAUAAUGAUAACCCAAAGUCUACUUUCCUUGAGCAAAUCCAUAAACUUGAUCCACUGCAAAAAAAAAAGUUCAGUGGACAAACAUAUGCUUAAAUCAGUACCUAAAGCUUCAACCAUUUUCCAGUGUUUUUAAACAUAUAUGUAUACACUAGCAUAGUGUCCAUGCGUUGCUACGGACAAUAUAAUAGAUCUACAUAAUACCAUCAACUUUGUGUUCAUUCACUUUAUGUUCCCCCCUACUAAUAUUUUUUUAAUAUUUGAUAACCAUCAUAAUACAGUUUUUCAUUGUGGCUUGCUAUGGAAUUGGAUAUCACAAUCAAGCUACCCACCCCACCCCAACCCAACCCAAACACACACCACCACCACCACACAAAGAAAAAUCAAAUAUAUUAAACUAGAAACACAUAUGGGAUCACAGCUAGCAGCUUAGAGUUCAAGUCUUUGAUGUGGCACUUUUUAGCAACACGCUGUACUCUGCAUCAUCUUGAGAGUGUCGAUUACACAAGUGCACUGGCAUGAAGAAUCUCCCACCCUAGAACUAAUACUGUCGGCGACGCAUAAUUUGUAACCGGUAAACUAGAAUCCCUUCAGUUAUGGGAAUCAUGUGCUUAUUACCGAAUGUGAUAUGCUCCGCCUUGCACAUAUUGUUCAGGUCCUAUGCACGAACACAUGCCAUAGGGUUCCUGAAAUACUGAUCUCUAGGCACAUGACUAACUCCUAGGCCAUAUGCUGACUUCAUCAUAUAAGAAUAUAAUGCAGCUUCAAGGGCAUCUGGGCUUCUGGAGCCACUACACUAAUACUGAAGAAAAUGGCUGGCUCACCAUCAUAUAUGUACAACCUAAGCAACUGAACUAUAAAGCAGGCUGCAAGUUCCAGCUCACCUCAAAAUCAGCAAGAAUCUCUCAUCAAUCAUCAUGCCUAGUCGCUUUGCAUCGCUCAUAAUGCACAGCAUUGUUUUCAGACUCCUCUUUGGAUUUGUCCUUCCUCUCUUCCUACAAUCAUCAUCGGUGCUAUCCAAUCCAUUAGUAUUAGGACUACAAUCCACAUCAUCAGGGCUGCCCAAUCCAUCAGGCCUGAGUGUUGGCUUUUACCGGUACACAUGUCCAAAUGCGGAGGCCAUUGUUCGUGAUGAAAUGACCAAGAUCAUCUCUCAAGUCCCAAGCCUCGCUGGCCCGCUGCUUCGGAUGCAUUUCCACGACUGCUUUGUCAAUGGUUGUGAUGGUUCUAUUCUUCUGAAUAGCCUAGGGGGAAUACCAUCCGAGAAGGAGGCGAUACCGAACCUCAGCCUGCGAGGCUUUGGCACGAUUGACCGUGUCAAGGCGAAGCUGGAGCAGGCCUGCCCUGGAGUGGUGUCCUGUGCUGAUAUCCUGGCUUUGGUAGCAAGGGAUGUUGUUGUAUUGACGAAAGGGCCUCACUGGGAUGUUCCAACUGGGCGGAGAGAUGGGAGGAGAUCGGUGAAGCAAGAUGCCUUGGACAACCUCCCUCCGCCCUUCUUUGAUGCCGGUCGGAACCUGUACCAGUUCUUCAUCCCCAAGGGCCUUGACGCAAAGGAUCAGGUGGUUCUGCUAGGGGGACACACACUGGGAACCUCCCACUGCUCGUCAUUCGCCGACCGGCUGCACAACUUCAACGACACGAUGAUGCCAGACCCGUCCCUGGACAGGCGCUACGUCCCGCGGCUGAAGAGCAAGUGCAGCAACCCCGGCGACACCACGACGCUGGUGGAGAUGGACCCGGGCAGCUUCCGGACCUUCGACGCGAGCUACUACAAGCACGUCGCCAAGGGCAGGUCCCUCUUCACCUCCGACCAGACGCUCAUGAACGACCCCUCCGCCAGGGCCUACGUCCGGCGGCAGGCCGCCGUGGCCGACGCCAGCGCCUACCCGGCCGAGUUCUUCGCCGACUUCGCGGCGUCCAUGGUGAAGAUGGGCGGCAUGCAGGUGCUCACCGGCGCCCAGGGAGAGGUCCGGAGGCACUGCGCGUUUGUGAACUGAAGAUGCAUGUAUAGGCUAUAGCCGCGGUGAUUUGGGUGUCGGAUUGUGAGGAGGAUUGUUUGAUUAGUGGUUAAUUUUCUUGCAUGUGUGUAGAAAGAUCAUUACCGUGUUCAAUUUACAGAGUGUGAGCGCAUCAUGUGUUCAGUCCAUUUGUAAUAUUUUCAUGACAUCAAAAUAAGCAGCUUUUGGUUAAUUCAGUGAUGAAAGAGCGACGUUUUGGUGCC